CAUGGGGAGGACAACACAGGAAUUCAGGAGUGAGAGAGAGAGAGACACACAGGGAAAGAGUAAAAGUGAGAGAGUGAUGCCUCUUAUAAAGCAAAGUCCUGUCUCUUUGGGAAGAAUUUGCGAGCAGUGAGACCGGGCUUCGGAUCAGAAACAGGAGCCCGAUGAGCCAAUGACUGUCUCCAUAACUCUCCUCAAUGGUGUAUCAGUGUCGUUGGAUGCAGGCUGCUGAAGUUACUUUUCCUGCAGAGUUACAGUCCCAGUUGUAUGGCGUGAGCAUGCAUAUCACAACAAAGCAGACAUGUGGACGAAAAGCUGAGGCUCCGGUCUCCUAACUCCUCUCUGCACGGGUCAAUUAGAUUGCAAUUCCAGCUGUAAAGAUGACAUCUGCCACACCUCCUUCCGCUCGUAGCUCCUCCCCUCAGAAGGUGUGCCACUCCCAGACACAGACAGAUGUUUUAAAACCCUUACUGGGUGGUGGCGUAUCCGGUGGGGGCGGGACUCUGAGGAAGAGGAGGCGCGUCCUGUCCAAAGAUGGGCGUAGCAAUGUGCGCAUCGAGCACGUCAGCGGGCGAAGUGCUCUGUACAUGCGUGACCUCUGGACAACGUUUCUGGACAUGCAGUGGCGCUACAAGUUCUUCCUGUUCACGGCUACAUUUGCAGGGACCUGGUUCCUGUUCGGGGUGCUGUGGUAUCUGAUGGCACUGGUGCAUGGAGACCUACUUGAGUUCGACCCUCCGUCAAACCACACCCCCUGUGUGAUGCAGAUGCAAACCCUGACGGGGGCUUUCCUCUUCUCCCUGGAGACCCAGACAACCAUUGGUUAUGGUUUUCGCUGCAUCACUGAGGAAUGUCCAGCUGCCAUCAUCCUCCUCAUCGUCCAGCUUGUCAUCACGAUGCUGAUGGAGAUCUUCAUCACUGGUACCUUCCUUGCCAAGGUUGCUCGGCCAAAGAAGCGAGGUGAGACAGUGAAGUUUAGCCAGCAUGCUGUGGUGUCGACCCACGAGGGACGACCCUGCCUGAUGGUCCGGGUGGCCAACAUGCGCAAGAGUCUCCUGCUUGGUUGUCAAGUGAGUGGAAAACUGCUCCAGACGUCUCUGACCAAGGAGGGCGAGACAGUUCGCCUGGACCAGAGGAAUGUGCCCUUUCAAGUGGACAUGUCCAGUGACAGCCCCUUCCUCAUCCUGCCCCUCACCUUCUACCACAUCAUAGAUGAAAACAGCCCCCUGCGAGCCUGGGCGGCCAAGGGUGGGGGCUGGACAGAUCCAGAGUUGGCAGACUUCGAGCUGCUGGUGAUCAUGAGUGCAACAGUUGAACCGACCUCCGCCACCUGCCAGGUCCGCACCUCCUACCUGCCGGAUGAGAUUCUCUGGGGUUAUGAGUUUCCCCCUGUAGUCUCCCUCUCCCCAUCGGGCAAAUACGUAGCGGACUUCGCCUUCUUCGACAAAGUGGCCAAGACCAAGACCACGCCCGUCUUCAAACCAUCCAGCCCCCAGCACGGGUACCAGAGCAACGGGGGCGGGACUGUGCCUGAGGUGACCGAUCCAGAGAAGAUCCGUCUGGAGCAGAGCUACAGGGAGAGAGGGGAGGAACGUGGCCGGGCCAAAGACACUCCUCUCAGUGUUCGCAUCAGCAACGUGUGAACACAUGAAGCGCUUGAGAAGGGAGCGGCUGCCAAGUUUAAUGUCAAUAGCAAAUGAAUGAAACAUCAGAACAGCUCGGUAACGGUCUUUUUAGACUGUUUCGAACUUUUGUAAGAUAUCUAUGUCCCAGUAGCACCAAAUGAUGCAAAAAGAAAAUAUGGAAGACCGUGGACUACUGUAUGGUCAACUUCAAGUCUGUCAUACGUCUGCUGUGAUGUUUUAAACUGGUUCCACUGCGGAAACCAUUUACAUUUGAAAGAAAAUAACAAGUCUGAAUAUUUAUUUGCACAGAAAUACACAUAAAAACCAAGAUGCAAAACUAAACUCAACAGCAGUGGAUAUGACAGAAACCCCAGUAGUCUUGUUUGGGUUUUCCUCCAAAUCACAAAGAGAAAAACUUAUGUGAGUCAACAUGAGUGGGUUUUUCUUUCCAAUGUGAAGGGCAGACGAGAACGAUACGGUGCGCAGGAAACACCUUUUACACUUCCUCCAAAACAAUUGCGAUUAUCACACACAUAUGUAAGCUCUACACAUUUAUAAAAGUCAUAUGAUGUAGAGUUUCAUCUUGGUUUACUUUUAUUACUGUAAAAACACCAAUGGGUAAUUCUAAGCCAGUUCUUAUAGAACUCACAAAAAUCCCCACCCCCAACUCUCAUGAUGUUUUCCUGUUAAAUGACGGAAGUACUCGAAUUAAAGACAAAAUGACAAUUACGUGGCAAUACAGUGUAUAAUGUUAGCUGAAGCAAUUUCUGUUAAACUGAUGUAGCACUACAACUAGAAUGUAGACACAACUCAGAUUGAAUAUGGUGCUUUGUAUCUCUUGAUGGUGUGGGCAUUUCUUUUUUUUUCUGUUACGUAUGGCUGUUAUUGACAGAAAGUUAGCACUUUAUGUAAGUACACGAUGUACAUUUGCACCUUAGGAAGAUUAGCUUUGGAAGACAUGUUUUUUAGUACUACUAAAAGCACUUAUACAUUUAAUCUCAUUGGAUUUGAAGCAGUUAGAUUCGACUUAAAAACAGAUUCCUUCCUACAAAGCUAAUUGGAAUUGCAGUUUCUCUGUCUCUGUGGCUCCAACACUUACAGACGAGAUGUGUUUACAUCACAAACAGCUGCUGCACAUACAUGGAUGUAAAUGCCAAUCAGGUUUUUUGUGGGUUGCGAAUGUUACUGUAAACAUCGAGGAAGCUCCGUGUGAAGUAGGAGCAUUCUGUACGUCCAUGUGAUCUUUGGAGUUACUAACAUUGUCAAACUAAUAAGGAAGAUUUCCUCGAAGCCCCGUCUAGGCGACAAGGACACGAGGAGGACCGCCAGAGUGCUGAGAGAGUGAAAGUGAUGUAAGUCCCUGAUAAGGAUUCUAUUCUGAUGUGCGACAAUGAUGAGGAUGAGUACGACGGAUAUGAAUAUGUUGGCAAUUGCAUGUAUCUGUAACAUUUUCUUGAAUUAACAUCCAGCUCUGGAAUGUUUAAAGUGGAGCGAUUCAAUGAGACAUCUCUCUAAAGUGGUUUAAUAAUAAAGCUGAUCGUGUUAUUAAAGGCCAUGUUUUGUUUCA